CGGAUGUAAAUAAACAGACGAUGGCUGCCAGAACUUGUGACACAAUGGAGACAUACGAGAAAGCAGAAGAUAAAAGUUCCCCUAUUCCACAGUUACCCGCUAAUUUACAACGUGUCCUUCCGAGAACAAUACCUGGGCCUGUCAGUCCACAAAAUAAGGGAGCGAUAGACUGGGGUUGGCAAGGCUUUCUUGCAUAUGGAGCCCAGUCAACAGUAGUUGUGGUUGAUCCAGUGACCCUCCAGUGCGCGCAGACUCUGUCAAAACACCGCACUCAUGUUGUUAAGGUGCGAUGGAGAAAAUCGAGACACUAUCACCAGCUUAGUGCUCCAUAUAGUCUGACUUUAGCCUCAGCAGAUAGCAAUGGCACCAUCAUUGUUUGGGAUGUUACGAGAGGAGAAGUAACAGCAACACUUCAGGAUGGUAGUAAACCUAUUCAAGAACUUGAAUGGUUGGGUGGUGUUGAUGGUAGUGAGCAUCUCCUAGCAGCUCUGCACCCUCCUUACUCCAUCAUCAUUUGGGACACACGCCACAACACAAAGUUAUGGAAAAAAUCAUACACAGAAGUGCUGACAACAUUCCAUUUUGAUCCUUUCCACAAUAAUAAGAUGGCAUUUUUAGGAGGAGGCUGUGUUUUGUUUGUUGAAGACUUCAGCCUUAGCAAGUGUCCGUCAUCCAAUGGUCGAAAGUUCUAUGUGUCUACACCUCGUACAAGUCCUGGAAGAAUCUCCAGCUCCAUUCCGUCAUCUGCAAGUAGUAAUUCAUUAACAGAUGAAAGAGCCAGCUCGAAGAUCAGGCGAAAAAUGAGAGAAAUGGUUGUUGGGGAGGUCAAGCCAAAGAAUGAUGAUGUUAGUCAAUUAGCUGAGUGUCUGCAGUUAGCUUACCACAGAACUGUGAGGGACCAAUUACUUUUGCUCUACUCCAGAGAGAUUUUAGUCUUGGACCUGACAAUUAACCAAACUGUUGGGAUCAUUACCAUCGAUCGAGCCGUGUCUCCUUUCAGUCAGGUCAUAUCCUGUUGGCAAAGAGAUGUUUUAUUUUGCCUCCAUGAAUCUGGUUCAGUGUCUGCACACUUUCGCCGCCGUCUUUUACCAUUACCCGCUUCACCAGACUCUGAUAAGGAGAAUCAAAAUACAUGGCAUUCAGAUACUAGUGGUGUUAGUGAGCACUAUUAUGAAGUCAUGUAUGAUAGGAAAUGCCAUUCAGAACCACUUCGUUUAAAUAAACAGAGUAGAGCUAUUGGAUUUGCAUUAGAUCCUGUGUCUGAAAAACAUAUGGCCCUUGUCCUGGGAGAUGGUCGAGUUGUGUUCAAGCAAGUUACCACUUCAGCAUCUCAUUGCCGCCUUUCUGUCAGCACUCCGCUGUUUACACCUGGAGCACCAUCAGCACCACCUGUUCCAUGCCAAGUUCCCCAGUCAGGUCUCAAGAUGGCUGACAAUCAUUUUGGUCUUACUCAGUCACCAGAAGGUGUCAAUCUCAAUAUGCCAAAGACUGCGUUAGCAGAUAUGGUGAAGCCUGCAUGGGCGCUUUCAGAAAAUGUAAAGGAAUUAGGCCAUCGCGUAAACCUCAGAAUAUUGAUGACCGGUUUAAUGCCUGCUGUGUCUCCACCUCCAUUAGUGAUAAGAAUGUGUCCACCUCUCACAACACGUAAUAUACAUCAGUAUGUCCCAAGAUUAGCUGCAGGGACACAGGCUGGAGCUGUACAGAUCAUAAAUAUGGCAACUGGUGUAUUAGAGCGAGAGUUUGCACUUCACACAUAUCCAGUAAGAGGUGUUGAGUGGACCAGUUUGACAUCUAUUUUGUCAUUUGGUCAUCAGCCACUGACAAACAGUCAAGGGCUGGUGCGUAAUGAAUUAAUUUAUACUGAUAUUUUGACGGGACGUACUAUCACCCUAAGGCCGAACAAGAGUGAUGAAACUAGUAUUGAUAUGGUUCGGGUAUCCUACCUGAAACAGUACUUCAUCGUUGUAUUCCGAGAAGAUCCAUUUGAGCUCUGGGAUGCAAAGAAACUGGUUCCUCUGAGAACAAUGCCCCGACGUUUUCCAAGAGUUUCAGCACUGGAAUGGUCUCCAACUAGUCAUGUCAAAGCUCGUCGAACAUCUGAAAGUCAAACUACUGAAGUAGAACAAGGGAAACAUGAAUUAUCAGUCCCAAAAGAAGCUCCUCAGCCUGAAACUUCUAUGACAGAAUCUGUGUUAAACCUCACAGAUGUUGGUGACAGGACAAGUAUUGCAAAAGAAACAUUUGUUUUCACCGACACAGAGGGCCAGUUAUAUCAUUUUUCUGUUGAAGGCAAUGUUAUUAAAGAUGGAAGUAAAGUACCACCAGAUUCUCAGAUGAGUGCGAUCACAUCCAUUGCAUGGAAGAGCCAUGAAAUUGUGCUGAGUGAUGCAGACGGAAACCUUACUGUUUGGGAUUUGAAAACUCGAAUCUCACGCCACAUAGCGACUCACAGAGGGUGGAUACGAAAGGUCAGAUUUGCCCCAGGACGUGACAACAUGAAGCUUGUUGUUCUAUUUGCUGAUGGCAUUGAUAUCUGGGAUGUCAGAGAUGUUGUUUUGGUAAGUCAAGUCAAAUCACCCCGUGACAUUGUGAAGGUGGUAGAUGUGGAUUGGGGAGCAUCGGAUCGACCUGUUCUUGCUACCAUCGAUGGAUGUCUCCGUGUUCUGGAUAUGUCUUUGAAGGUUUCCAGUUCACCUAUUUUCUUAUAUUUCACUAAAGAUCCUAUAGUUUCACCUUACCUGCUAGCUGGAGAAGCUUCUUUAAAUUUAAGGACGUUGAUGACACAUCAGCCAUGGAGAUCACAAUAUUCUCUUCAGUUUACAUGUGAUGAUGGAUUCACGCCUGAACAAUUAAUAAGCAUUGAAGCAUGGCUGGCACGGAUCCCGUUAGAAGUCAAGGAGUUUUUGGAAACCUGUGGAUCAAUUUCCCACCGGGCUCUGGUUACAGCAAAACUGUUUGGAGACCAAGGAGAAAUUGAUUUUUGGACUGUUGCAUGUUACUACCUCACUCAGCCAGCACUUAUGAACUCUAAGGAUGAGAGUAGCAGCAGCAGUAGCAGUGUGGGCAGUGCUGAAUUGAUUGCCAUGGACAAAGACUCUGCUUCGGAAAAGAGUGGCACUAGUGAUGAAGUUAGUCUUCCUAUGUCUUGUCUUCCUCCAACAUAUCCCUUGGAGACUACAUAUAAUCAUCUGUGUGAUGCUGCCACAUAUAAACAUCAUGAGCUAGAACGUUUAGCAAUACAUGAAAGCAAGAUCUUGGAAGGUUCUCAACGAGCAAAUCUUGGACGAUGUUUGGCUGUAGUUGGGGAGAGAGAUCGUGCUGUUAGGCUCCUCCUUGAUGCAGAUGCUUCGAAUAGUCAGUUCUAUACAGAUUGCUUGAGAGCUUGUCUCUUAGCUGCCACACAUCAUUCAGCACAGGCUCAGUCAACCAUCAAGUUGGUUGCUACAAACUUGAUUGCAGCAGGAAAUAUAUGGGAAGGUGUAGAGCUCUUAUGUUUGAUUGGCAAAGCUGGAGAUGCAUGUCGUUAUCUUCAGUCAUAUGGCCACUGGGAAAGUUCCGUAUGGUUAGCCAAGUGUGCACUGCCACUUACUGAGGCAGUGGAUAUAUUGAAGCGAUGGGCAGUACAUCUUAUUACUUCUGGCAGUAAGGAUCUGGGAGUAUGUGCACUUCUUUCUGUUGGAGGUGUCAGUGGAGCCAUAGAACAGUUAGUACAACAACAUUAUCAUCAGCGUGCAGCACUCCUGUUGGCUGCGGCACAACAGCUUCACAUUUUACCCAAUACACACACUCAGUCAGCAUCUUCAUCUUUAAGUUCACACUCAGGAAGUUCACCAGUGCUCUCAGGAACUGCCUCCAUGAUGUCCUUUGCUGAAAAUAUUCAUAGGAAAUAUGUCUUGCACUUGUUCAGCCUUGGCAAUAGACCUGCAGUAUCUUACUUUUGCCGUUUAAUGGGAGAAAAAGGAGCGACACUCUUACAAGAAUUAGACUCACUUCAAUAAAUUAAUCCGUUUUGGGAGAAUAUUAUAGCUGCACAAGUAAAGCAUAUUUGCAUGGUUAAGUAAUGCAAUGUAGGGAAAUUUCUAUUUAAUUAUUUCUUGACAUUCCACUUGAUUGCUUUUCAAGUCUUGAUUUUCAUAGUUUAAGAGCCUUGGGAACAUAAAAUAAAGGAAUGAUUAAUAUCAUUGAUAAUCUAAGUCUCAAGGCUUAUGGUAUAUUUAGAUUCUUCAUUAUAGCCAUUGAAAUAAUAUUUUAAUUUUAUGAUUCUUAUUAACUGUAUUCUACACUUCUUAUGAUUCAGGUUUCAUUGUAUUACAUUCCAUUGUUUAAUAUCCUUUGAAAUAAAAAGAAAUUGUAUUGUAA